UCCGUCUUAUAUUUUGUAAGAAAAUCUCACUUCCGGUGUUCUGCAUGUGCAUUUCCUUAAUCGUCCGCUGUUCUGGUUGAGAAGGCCAAAUAGCGACUGUCCGUGCACUUCACAGAGAUGUCUGCGGCGUUACGUGUGGUCUACACCGUAUCCAGGCCAGGGUCAUUUCUGGCCAGUCAAAAUCUUGCACGUCCUCUCAGCCUGUCCGCACACAGAGCAGGGAUUAAGUAUGUCAAUAAUCAGGAAGAAGCCACAGAUAUGAAGUCCAUCACGGACCGUGCGGCUCAGACUCUUCUGUGGACAGAGCUGUUCAGAGGUUUGGGAAUGACCAUGAGCUAUCUUUUCCGUGAACCUGCCACAAUCAACUACCCAUUCGAGAAGGGCCCUCUGUCGCCCCGUUUCCGUGGCGAACAUGCGCUGCGCAGGUACCCCUCUGGAGAGGAGCGAUGCAUUGCAUGUAAACUUUGUGAGGCCAUUUGCCCAGCCCAGGCUAUCACAAUUGAGGCAGAACCUCGUGCGGACGGCAGCAGGAGGACAACGCGCUAUGACAUAGACAUGACCAAAUGCAUCUACUGUGGCUUUUGCCAGGAGGCCUGUCCUGUGGAUGCCAUUGUAGAGGGCCCCAACUUUGAGUUCUCCACAGAGACUCAUGAGGAACUGCUUUAUAACAAGGAGAAGCUCCUCAACAAUGGAGACAAAUGGGAGGCUGAGAUCGCUGCCAACAUUCAAGCUGACUAUCUAUACAGAUAAACAUACUUCAUGGACUGUCUCAUCUCAACACCGUGACAAUAUAAUCUUCAACAUGCUCUCUUACCACUAAUCACAGUUUCAAUUGCAUAAGGAGGAUUUGGUUUUAGACAGUUACAGUUGUGCUGAACUCACCUUUCCAAAGCCCAGGGACUGACUUUUUUUUUUUUUUAAGAUGCACAUACUUUUUGAUUUCUUUCAACGUGGGCAUACAUAUAGAUGCUCAGUUCUGAUAUCAAGUUCACACAUUCAAAUCUAAAAAAUACAGCAGCCUUAAAGUGGUGCCUCCCAGUAAAACAUUUCUUUGUACAUCAACAACUGUCAUUUUGACCUUGAACAUUCAACACAGCCUCACCAUCACACAGAAACGGUUGAGGUAAAUUGUGUAAUAAAGUGUCUAAUGGCAGGAUAAACAAAUUGUUCUUGAAAACCACAAAGGAUGACGCACUACUUUGAGGCCAAAGUUAUAUUCUCAUUUUGCGCCAGUCGAUCCAUCCUCUCCAUUUUCUCCCUUCCUCCUUUCAUGUUUUGACCAUCCAGUGAGUUUAAAUGAAGAAAGAGUUGUAACAAACAAAAGCACUUCAGCAAGUGUUGAGUUUCUCACAUUAUAUCCUUACAGGUAAAACAUUUUAUUGUCCUUGUGAGAACUGUACAAAGACUAAAUACUUGUGGAACGUAUAUAAUAAAUUAAUGCUCUGUCAAAAUCUU